AUGGCUGGAUUUAUGCACGAAAUAGAUGGAAAAUGCUGUUACUUGGAUGGAAUUGUGGAGAAAGGUGUUAUGGUGGAUAUGGAUGUUAUGUCUUGGUUUUUUCUUGAAGAUUUCGUGAAAUCUCGUAAGAUAAGUGGUGCAAUCAGAGAAAUGUGGUUUAAAUUACCACAUGAGAGUUUGGAUGAGAAGAGACGUGUGUAUGAAGGACAUGGGGACAAAGCAAUUCAUCUUAUGUGUGAAAUGGCAGCGUUGUGUGGAGAGUUAGAUGUAUACGUAGACCACCAUUUAUCUCCUCCAACUCCAGUUAAGGCACCUACAGAAAGGAAUGAUGACGAGAGUGUAGGUGAUUAUGACAGUGCUGAUGAUGAUGAUUUUGAAGGCGACGAUCAUACUGCUGAGUAUGAUUAUGAUAAUUCUUCUGAUUAUAUGGAUGAAUUUCCUGAGUAUGAAAGCAGUGAUGAUGAUUUCGUUGAAGAGGUUCAUGUUGUUGUUGAAGAUGAUGUUGUUGAGAAUGAAGAGAUGAAUUCGAGUGAGGAUUAUGCAGACAGUGAUGAAUUUAUUCCAACGACACCUGAAGGAACAGAUGAAGAAUGGGAAAAUUUUGAUAAACCUAGGACAAAGAUUCCGACAUCAUUCCCACGUAGUGAGAUCUUGUAUCUUGGUAGGACUUUCAAUUCAGGGGAAGAAUUUAAGAAGGCUCUGUUUGAUUAUGUGUUAGUUGAGAACUUCAAUGUCAAGUUGUCGAGGUGGGACCGAACAAAAUUAGCCGCAGUGUGUUGUAAUGUGGGCUGUCCAUGGAGGGUUUAUUGUUCGGUUGAGGCCCCAAUCAACAAAUGGAUGAUCAAGGUCUACAAAGACGAUCACAACCAUACUCCGGAGAAAUAUGCAAAUAUGUUAACGAUGAGGCAAAUAGCCACAAUGUACGCUGAGAAGAUAAGGGCAGAUCCAAGUUAUACAGCCAAAAAGAUGCAGGAUGACACACAGCGGGAUAAAAAUUUGACUGUCUCAUUGAGCAAGUGUUUUAAGGCUCGAAGUUUGGCCUUGAAAAUUGUGCGUGAAGAUCAAGAAGUUCAAUUUCGAAAACUGUGGGACUAUGAGUUAGAGCUGCAACGUUCAAACCCCAAUACGAGUACUGAAAUUGGAACAAAACCAACUCCGGGUCAAGAAGUGUUUCACAGAUUCUAUGUUUGCUUCGAAGUCCUACGUGAUUCUUGGAAAAGACAUUGUCGUCCGGUUAUCGGAUUAGAUGGAUGUUUCUUGAAGUGGGACUUUAAGGGAGAACUUCUAUCUGCAGUUGGUAGAGAUGCAAAUGAUGGUAUUUACCCUAUUGCAUGGGCCGUUGUACGUAUCGAGGAUACCGACAAUUGGACGUGGUUUGUGAGAAAAUUGAGACUAGAUUUAGAUUUGGGCGAGGGACAAAAUUUGACGAUAUUGUUCGACAAACAGAAGGGUUUGAUGAAUGCCAUCGAAUCAGAGUUACCUUUGGUUGAACAUAGGAUGUGUACAAGACAUGUUUUUGCAAACUGGAAGAAACAAUUCAAGGACCUCGAGCUUAAACUUCUUUUCUGGAAGGCGGCCAAGAGCUACCUUGAAAGUGAGUUUCAUCAAUAUGUGCGUGAUAUCCGCGUGUAUAACCCAUUGGCUUAUGAUGGUUUUAUGAGGGCAAAACCGAAGAAAUGGUGUCGCGCAUUUUUUAAUCCUGAGACGAAAUGUCAUGACGUUAACAACAAUUUAUCAGAGAGCUUCAACGGGUCCAUAAAAGAAGCACGUAGUCUUCCCAUGAUUGACAUGCUUGAAGAAAUUCGAAGGAGUAUAAUGCGGCGGAUAUCGCGACGUGCAACUCAAGCAGAAAGGUGCAAAACCGACUUCCCUCCAAGAAUCUGGAAAGUUUUAGAGAAGUCGCGUGAGAAAUCCCGUCAUUGUAACAUAAUACGGAGUGGAUACGGGAAAUAUGAGGUGGCUGAGUUUGGGAUAAGUUAUGCGGUUGAUUUGUCUGCGAGAACGUGUGGCUGUCGGCGAUGGCAAUUGGGAGGUAUACCUUGCCAACAUUCCUUAGCCGUCAUCAAAGUCAACCGAGAAGACGUUUCUAGAUAUAUGUCGCAUUACAUUAAGAAAUCCACAUGGCAAGCAAUAUAUCAGCGUAAUAUCCUACCCGUAAAUGGUGAGCCGGCAUGGAUGAAAUCAGGCAAACCUCCAAUUGGUGUCCCCACGACAAUACAAAUGACAUGA